AUGAUACAGGAGGACGAAUUGAAGACAUUCUAUCAGAAGCGUGAUGAAUUGAGCGUGGAGGAAGGAGUUUUGCUCUGGGGUUAUCGUAUCGUGGUUCCCACCAAAUUGAGGAAGAUGUUGCUGGACGAACUUCAUAAGGUACAUUUGGGAAUCGUGAAAAUGAAGAGUAUGGCCCGAUCGUAUUUCUGGUGGCCAUGUUUGGAUAACGAUAUCGAGACUCUCGGAAAGAAGUGCGAGCUGUGCAUUCAACAAAGACCAGAAAGAAGCGAUCCUGUCUCACCGUGGCGACUGACGUCUGCACCAGGAGACCGAGUUCACGUGGACCAUUUUUCUUUCCGCGGAUCGGAUUUCUUCGUAAUGAUUGACAGCUACAGCAAAUGGAUUGAAGCCUUUCCUGUGCGCACUUUGACUUCCAAAGAAACAAUCGAGAAACUGUGUGAGUAUAUUUCAAGAUUUGGUUCAAUAUCAACUUUGGUGUCCGACAAUGGAACAGCGUUUACGUCGGAUGAAUUUCAAAAUUUUUGUAAAUCAAGAGGAAUCAACCAUUUGCGAACGGCGCCAUACAGCCCAUGCUCGAACGGUGCUGCAGAGAAUGCUGUGAAAACAGUGAAGACUGCUUUGAAGAAGCUCAGUAAUGAUCCAGCAUUCCAGAAGAAAUCAACGUCCAUCAUGAUCAGCUCUUUUCUGGAAAUGUACCGGGCUUCGAAACAUGCGACGACAGCGGAAAGUCCAUUCAAACUGAUGUUCGGCAGAGAAAUGAGGCUGAGGUUUGAUACCUUGAAGUUUGAUGCAACAAGACGACAGGACGACACAAUCCAGAAGGUAAAUAACAGAAAGAAACAAGAAACAUUUGCCGUUGGAGAAACUGUGUACGUGCGAGACUACAGAAACCCGAAAAAAGCAUCUUGGAUACGAGGAAAAAUUUUGAAAAAACUUGGAGCGGUACUCUUCGAAUGCUCAUCCGAGGAACUUGGUACUAUCAAGCGACGAUCUCAUCAAAUUUUGAAGUAUCCGUAUGAUGACUAUGAAGAAGAUAGGAGAAUCUCAAACGGCCACUGUAACGGGAAUAACAACGACGACGCCGACUCGGACGCAAGCUAUGUAUCUCUUGAAGACGAUGUGGAGGAUAAUCCGACCAAUCAACCGAAUGGAGCUUACGUUACGAGAUAUAACCGAGUUGUUCGACCACCACGGCGUUAG